GCCAUGCCCUUGGCUUUCUGCGGCAGCGAGAACGACUCGGCCGCCUACAAGGUGGACCAGGGCGUUCUGAACAACGGCUGCUUCGUGGAUGCGCUCAACGUGGUCCCACACGUCUUCCUUUUCUUCAUCACUUUUCCCAUCCUCUUCAUCGGAUGGGGCAGCCAGAGUGAAAAAGUUCACAUCCAUCAUAGCACAUGGCUUCACUUCCCUGGUCACAACCUUCGCUGGAUCCUCACCUUCAUGCUGCUCUUUGUCCUGGUGUGCGAGAUCGCGGAGGGCGUCCUCUCGGAUGGGGUGGCCGACUCCCGUCAUCUGCACCUGUACAUGCCUGCAGGCAUGGCGUUUUUGGCAGCUAUCACCUCCGUCGUCUACUAUCACAACAUUGAGACCUCCAACUUUCCCAAGCUGCUGAUUGCCUUGUUGAUUUACUGGACUCUGGCCUUCAUAACCAAGACUAUCAAGUUUGUCAAGUUCUAUGACAACGCAAUUGGAUUUUCUCAGCUCCGCUUCUGCCUUACUGGGCUUCUGGUCAUCCUCUAUGGAAUGCUCCUGACUGUGGAAAUCAAUGUCAUCAGAGUGAGGAGAUACGUGUUCUUCAAGACUCCCAAGGAGGUGAAGCCACCGGAGGACCUGCAGGAUCUGGGUGUGCGCUUCCUGCAGCCCUUUGUGAACCUGCUGUCCAAGGGGACCUACUGGUGGAUGAACGCCUUCAUCAAGACGGCCCAUAAGAAACCCAUUGACCUGAAGGCCAUCGGGAAGCUGCCCAUUGCCAUGAGGGCCCGAACUAACUACCUGCGCCUCCGGGAGGCCUUUGAAGCCCAGAAGGGGAAGGGCUCCAGAUAUUCCCAGGGCUCCCGGGCCAUCUGGUUCGCUCUCUCACAUGCCUUUGGGAGAAGGCUGGUGCUCAGCAGCACAUUCCGGAUCUUGGCUGAUUUCCUAGGAUUUGCAGGGCCACUGUGCAUUUUUGGAAUUGUCAACCACCUUGGGAAAGAAAAUGGAGUCUUCCAGCCAAAGACUAAGUUCCUCGGUGUUUACUUUGUCUCAUCUGAAGAGUUCCUUGCCAACGCCUAUGUGUUGGCUGUGCUGUUGUUUCUUGCCCUCCUGCUACAGAGGACAUUUCUGCAAGCAUCCUACUAUGUUGCCAUUGAAACUGGAAUCAACCUAAGAGGAGCCAUACAGACCAAGAUUUAUAACAAAAUCAUGCAUCUUUCUACAUCCAACCUGUCCAUGGGAGAAAUGACUGCCGGACAAAUCUGUAAUCUGGUCGCCAUUGACACCAACCAGCUCAUGUGGUUCUUCUUCUUGUGCCCAAACCUCUGGGCCAUGCCUGCACAGAUCAUCGUGGGGGUGAUUCUUCUCUACUACCUCCUUGGGGUCAGCGCCUUAAUUGGAGCAGCGGUCAUCAUUGUCUUGGCUCCUAUCCAGUACUUUGUGGCUACCAAGCUCUCCCAAGCCCAGAGAAGCACAUUGGAAUAUUCCAAUGAGAGACUGAAAAAGACCAAUGAAAUGCUCCGGGGGAUCAAACUUCUCAAACUCUACGCCUGGGAAAACAUCUUCCGUGCUCAGGUGGAGAUGACUCGUAGGAAGGAGAUGACCAGCCUAAAGGCCUUCGCCGUCUACACCUCCAUCUCCAUUUUUAUGAACACGGCAAUCCCUAUCGCAGCAGUCUUGAUUACAUUCGUGAGCCAUGUCAGCUUCUUCAAAGGGGCCAACUUCUCUCCAUCGGUGGCUUUUGCAUCUCUCUCCCUCUUCCACAUCCUGGUCACACCCCUGUUCCUGCUGUCCAGUGUGGUCCGGUCAACCGUCAAAGCUCUGGUCAGUGUCCAGAAGUUAAGUGAGUUCUUGUCCAGUGAGGAGAUUGGAAAGGAUCAGUACUCCCAGCAUGAGCUCCCUUAUAAGGGCCAGAGCAGCAAAUCUCAGGCAGUGCCACUCAAGGUUGUGAACCGUAAGCGGCCUUCCAGGGAUGACUGUAGGAACUUCAUGGGGCACCUGCAGAAACCGGGCCCCGACGAAGAGCCAGACGACAGCUGUGUGCGGAUCACAGGGGGAUUCUUCACCUGGACGUCUGAUGGAGUCCCCACACUCUCCAAUAUUGCCAUCCGCAUUCCACAAGGGCAGCUGACCAUGAUCGUGGGCCAGGUGGGCUGCGGGAAGUCCUCACUGCUGCUAGCCACCCUAGGGGAGAUGCAGAAGAUUUCAGGGGAAAUCUCCUGGAACAGAAGUACUCACUGAAGCCCCUCCCUGGCUUUCUUUUUCAGAAAAAGGGGUCCAGUGGCCUAUGCCUCCCAGAAGCCAUGGUUGCUUAAUGCCACAGUGGAGGAGAAUAUUACAUUUGAAAGCCCCUUCAACAAACAACGGUAUAAAGCUGUCAUUGAUGCCUGUUCUCUCCAGCCUGACAUUGACAUCCUGCCCCAUGGAGACCAGACCCAGAUUGGGGAGCGGGGCAUCAACCUGUCGGGAGGUCAGCGUCAACGUAUCAGUGUGGCCCGGGCAUUGUACCAGCACACCAAUGUUGUGUUCUUGGACGAUCCGUUCUCAGCCCUGGACAUCCACCUGAGUGACCACUUAAUGCAGGCUGGAAUUCUUGAGUUGCUCCGGGAGGACAAGAGGACUGUGGUCCUAGUAACCCACAAGCUGCAGUACCUGCCCCAUGCAGACUGGAUCAUUGCUAUGAAAGAUGGUACCAUCCAGCGGGAAGGGACACUCAAGGAUAUCCAGAUGUCUGAGUCUCAGCUAUUUGAGCAGUGGAAGACACUCAUGAACCGACAAGACCAAGAACUGGAGAAGACUGUGGUCACUGAGAGAAAAAACAUGGAGGUACCAAAGGGUCUGCCCAGGGCCAUGUCCUCCCGGGAUGGGCUCCUGCUGGAUGAGGAAGAGGAAGAAGAGGAUAUGGCAGAAAGUGAAGAAGAAGACAACUUGUCAUCUCUGCUGCACCAACGAGCCAAGAUACCAUGGCAAGCCUGCGCCAAGUACCUGUCCACCGCUGGCGUGCUGCUUCUGCCCCUGCUGUUCUUCUCCCAGUUGCUCAAGCAUAUCGUGCUGGUUGCCAUAGACUACUGCCUGGCCAACUGGACGGAUAGUGCCCUGGCCCUGGGCCCAACUACAAGGAACUGCUCCCUUAGUGAGGAUUGCUCCUUCGACCACAGGGUCUAUGCCAUGGUAUUCACAGCUCUGUGCAGUCUGGGAAUCGUGCUGUGCCUGAUCACCUCUGUCACCGUGGAGUGGACAGGCCUGAAAGUGGCCAAGAGGCUGCAUCGAAGUCUGCUGAACCAGAUCAUCCUGGCCCCCAUGAGGUUUUUUGAGACAACUCCACUUGGAAGCAUCCUGAACAGAUUUUCAUCUGACUGUAACACAAUUGACCAGCACAUCCCUUCCACGCUGGAGUGCCUAAGUCGCUCCACGAUGCUCUGUGUCUCUGCGCUAGCCGUCAUCUCUUACGUCACCCCUGUGUUCCUCAUUGCCCUCCUGCCUCUGGCCAUCGUGUGCUACUUCAUCCAGAAGUACUUCCGGGUGGCAUCCAGGGACCUGCAGCAGUUGGACGACAGCACCCAGCUACCCCUGCUCUCCCAUUUCUCAGAGACAAUGGAAGGUCUCACCACCAUCAGAGCAUUCAGGUAUGAGGCCCUGUUCCAACAGAAGCUUCUCAAGUACACUGAUUCCAACAACAUUGCCUCACUAUUCCUCACGGCUGCCAACCGAUGGCUGGAAGUCCGAAUGGAAUAUAUUGGUGCCUGUGUGGUCCUCAUAGCUGCUGUGGCUUCCAUCACCAAAUCCCUGCACAAGGAGCUGCCUGCAGGGCUGGUGGGGCUGGGCCUCACCUAUGCCCUAAUGGUGUCCAACUACCUAAACUGGAUGGUGAGGAACCUGGCAGACAUGGAGAUUCAGAUGGGGGCUGUUAAAAGAAUCCACGGGCUUCUGAAAACUGAAUCUGAGAAUUAUGAGGGACUUCUGGCUCCAUCUCUGAUACCAAAGAACUGGCCAGUCCAAGGGAAGAUCCAGAUACAAAACCUGAGUGUCCGCUAUGAUAGCUCCCUGAAGCCAGUCCUGAAUCAUGUCAAUGCCCACAUCUCCCCAGGGCAGAAGAUUGGGAUCUGUGGCCGAACAGGCAGUGGAAAGUCAUCCUUCUCUCUUGCCUUCUUCCGCAUGGUUGACAUGUUUGAAGGGAGGAUCGUCAUCGAUGACAUUGACAUUUCAAAGCUGCCCCUGCAGACCUUGCGAUCCCGACUCUCCAUCAUCCUCCAGGACCCCAUCCUCUUCAGUGGCACCAUUCGGUUUAACCUGGACCCAGAAAAGAAGUGCUCAGACAACACCCUGUGGGAAGCCCUGGAGAUCGCCCAGCUAAAGCUAGUGGUGAAGGCACUGCCCGGGGGACUAGAUGCCAUAGUCACGGAAGGUGGGGAGAAUUUCAGCCAGGGCCAGAGGCAGCUCUUCUGCUUGGCAAGGGCCUUUGUGAGGAAAACAAGCAUCUUCAUUAUGGAUGAGGCCACAGCCUCCAUCGACAUGGCCACGGAGAACAUCUUACAGAAGGUGGUGAUGACAGCCUUUGCUGACCGCACUGUGGUUACCAUAGCGCACCGCGUGCACACCAUCCUGAAUGCCGACCUCGUGAUUGUGAUGAAGCGUGGCGCCAUACUGGAAUAUGAUAAGCCCGAGGUGCUGCUCAGCCGCCCAGACAGUGUCUUUGCCUCCUUUGUCCGGGCUGACAAGUGAGCUGUGCUGGAGUGAUUCCAAGUGCCAUUUUCCCCCUCUUUAUCACCUCCUCCAACCUGGAUUUUCUAGCUAUGUAAAUCAUUUGUAAAUAAAGAGAUUAAUUACUUCCUAUCA